UUUUGUUUGGAUAUUAGAGAGGAAAAAAAGAAAUAGGGGAAACUCGAUGAGUUCAUCCCAAAGCAUUGAAAAACACUAAACAAACACCUCUCUUUCUCUCUGGCGAACUCGAUAGAGAGACUACGGUUUUACACCGAUACUUAUAGUCUUCUUUCACUCUUAGGAAUCUCUACAGCGAGCAGAAGAAGGGUAAAUCGCUAAUUGAAAUCCAAUUGAAGCGAAAAUAAGGGUUGGUUUUUCUCACGGAAAUCUUCAGUUUUUUCUGCAGAUUUUAAUGAAGGAUUUCUGCAAUGCACCGUGUAGCAAGUGCAGGGAACACGUCCAAUUCGGUUCGGCCUAGGAAGGAGAAGAGGUUGACUUAUGUUUUGAAUGAUGCAGGUGACACUAAGCAUUGUGCAGGUGUAAAUUCUUUGGCUGUAUUGAAGUCACCAGCAACUGAUGGAUGUGAAUACCUAUUCACUGGGAGCAGAGAUGGCACAUUAAAGAGAUGGGCAUUGGCUGAAGAUGGUGCCACCUGCUCUGCCACAUUUGAGUCACAUGUCGAUUGGGUUAAUGAUGCAGUUCUUACAGGUAGUAACACAUUAGUAUCAUGCUCCUCAGACACCACUGUCAAGGUGUGGAAUGGCUUAUCUGAGGGAUAUUGUAUUAAGACACUCCGGCAGCACUCCGAUUACGUCACCACCCUUGCUUCAGCAGAAAAAAAUAGCAAUGUUAUUGCAUCUGCUGGUCUUGGUGGUGAGGUUUUCAUAUGGGAUCUUGAAGCUGCACUUACUCCGACAUCUAAGUCCGGUGAUGCCACCGAAGAAGACUGUUCAAAUGGUGUCAAUGGUUCAGGAAGUUCAUUGCCCAUGACAAGCAUCCGUCCUAUCAGUUCGGGCAAUAACAUUUCCUUGCAGACCCAGUCUCAAGUAUAUAUUCCUGUGACUGCAAAAGGCCAUAAGGAGUCCGUAUAUGCAUUGGCAAUGAAUGAGAGUGGAUCCCUUCUUGUUUCUGGUGGUACUGAGAAGGUUGUGCGCGUUUGGGACCCAAGAACUGGUUCCAAGACCAUGAAGCUAAAAGGUCAUACAGAUAAUAUUAGGGCUCUUCUGAUAGACUCCACUGGCAGGUUCUGCAUAUCUGGAUCCUCUGAUUCCAUGAUUAGACUAUGGGAUCUAGGUCAGCAGCGUUGCGUGCAUUCUUAUGCUGUGCAUACGGAUUCUGUAUGGUCACUUGCUAGCACUCCUACGUUUAGUCAUGUUUAUAGUGGUGGAAGAGACCUAUCUUUAUACUUGACAGAUUUGGCAACAAGGGAGAGUGUAUUGAUGUGCACAAAGGAACACCCCAUUUUGCAGUUAGCAUUGCAUGAUGAUGGCAUUUGGGUGGCCACAACUGAUUCAUCUGUACAUAGGUGGGCUGCAGAAGUGCGUAAUCCCCAGAAAGUUUUCCAAAGAGGGGGCUCAUUCUUGGCUGGAAACUUGUCCUUUUCCCGGGCAAGGGUUUCUCUAGAAGGAUCUACACCUGUUCCUGUUUAUAAAGAACCAUCUCUUAGCAUUCCUGGAACUCCAGGAAUAGUGCAGCAUGAGAUUUUGAACAACAGAAGACAUGUCCUGACUAAGGAUACUGCUGGAACAGUGAAGUUGUGGGAGAUCACUAGAGGCACUGUGAUUCACAACUAUGGAGAGGUUUCAUUUGAGAAGAAGAAAGAAGAACUUUUUGAGAUGGUGAGCAUCCCUGCAUGGUUCACUGUGGACACUAAGCUUGGAAACUUGUCUGUACAUCUGGAUACACCACAAUGCUUUUCUGCUGAGAUGUACUCUGCUGAUCUCCACAUUCCAGGGAAGCCUGAAGAUGACAAGGUUAAUUUGGCACGAGAAACCCUUAAAGGGCUGUUGGCUCAUUGGUUAGCCAAAAGAAAACAGAGAUUUGGAUCUCAAGCUUUGGCCAAUGGGGAAGCCCCAGCUGGAAAGGAUGUACCUACAAGGAAUCUGACCGCGUCAAAAAUUGAAGUGGACGGUAGUGCUGACAAUGAUGCUGCAGUAUAUCCUCCCUUUGAAUUUUCAGCAGCAUGCCCUCCAUCAAUUAUUACUGAGGGUUCUCAAAGUGGUCCAUGGAGGAAAAAGAUUACCGACUUAGAUGGAACAGAAGAUGAAAAGGACAUGCCAUGGUGGGUAGUGGAUUGUGUGAUGAACAAUCGGUUGCCUCCCAGGGAAAAUACCAAAUGUAGCUUCUACUUACAUCCAUGCGAGGGUUCUACUGUUCAGAUCCUUACCCAGGGAAAGCUGAGUGCGCCUCGCAUAUUAAGAAUUCACAAAGUCGUCAACUAUGUUAUAGAAAAGAUGGUUCUUGAUAAGCCACUGGAUAGCCUAAACUCAGAUGGAGCUGCUGGAGUGUCUGGUGGACAGGUGACACACCCAGCUAAUGGAGGAGAUGGCAUAUUUCGGACUGGGCUGAAGCCUUGGCAAAAGCUUAAACCAUCCAUAGAGAUAUUGUGCAGUAACCAGGUCUUAUCCCCUGAUAUGAGCUUAGCGACUGUCCGUGCAUAUAUAUGGAAGAAACCUGAAGACCUUAUCCUCAACUACCGGGUGUUGACGAGCAAGGGAUAGGAUUCUGUCUGUCAGAGGAAGGCAUGGUUGAGCAAUUCUUCUGUCCACUCCCCUUGCCCCUUCUUUCGUGUAGGUCCAGAGUAGCUGGAGGUGAUUGAGCUGCUCCUCAAAAAUAAUUGGAAGGUUUAGCAUUCAACUGGCUGCUUGCUGCUGUGUCAUAUGAGUAGUUGCUUCCUUGUAGAUCUGAGAUCCAGGUGGUUGGAUUAAUUAUGAAAAUUUACACAUUUGGACCAUUUUUCUGUUUGCACGUCGGAAGGUGGUGAUUAUUGAGUUUUGGUUUUUGGUGCAUUUAGAAGAAAAUAGAAAGUUUGCAUUUUCUAAAGAAAGGAUUUUUGGUUUUGAGGGGACAUGAGGCUGAAUGUUUCAAGAGAAAGAGCUCGUGAUGAUGUUGUCGGGAGCCUGUAGAUUUAUAUAUAACUCUAUAUGCAAAGGCAGGGGUUUGGAUUUCUUGAUAUAGUCUUUCAAGAACCACACUGUUGGGCAGGUGAAUAAUAUCUCCAGAACAAAAACUUACCUUUUCUGGUCAAAACUAAUUUAUAUGUUUACUUUCUUUCUGGUAUAAUUUAAUCUGUAAAUCUUCUUUGUUAUUAGUGUUCCUCAAUUUUAGUGGGGAAAGAUUUGGUGAUAGGCCAUUUAUAACGCCAAGCAGAUUGUUAUUAUAUAGUUCUUACCGACUGUGCGAUGAUGUUGUUGCUCCGAAUGGUGAAGUUUUGUGCUCAUGUAUCUGGAACAACUACUUUUUUUGAAUGAAAUAUUCUGGAGAUAA